AUGACGGACAAUACCCUUGAGGAUUCACUCCUUCGCCCAGUACAAGAAGAAGGACAGCAGAAAACGCCGGCCACACUUGAAAUGCUGGCAGACCUUCUACACAAGAACCCUGAUCUGUUACCCCUGUUACAGACACAAGGACGUGGAAAUGCGAUAAGUAGAAGGCUACAACCCAUCACCAGUGCCUUAGCAGCAGUGGCCUGUGGAAGCUAUUCUUGGGUCAGGUUUUUGGUGGUGUUCCUGUUAACAGCCCUUUUUAAUGUUGUUAACCUGAAGCCAGAAAUACCGAAAGAAAGCAGUACACAGUUGGACAAGAUUGAGAGGGAUCUUGGGGAAGUAAAGAGGAAACACGCGAGAAGGUGCUUCAUGACAAGACAAGAAUGGAAGACAAGGUAUUGCCUCAAUUUGCUUUUUUUGUUUAUUUUUUUACAAAUAAAAUUAAAGGCCAGUUAAAAAAUAUUAGGUAAUAAAUAUUUAAUUAUCAUUUGCUAUAAUCGUGCUUUGAAGGCUAGGCCUAAUAAAGUCCUGCUUUGGUACCAAUAAAUGAACGCGCAUCCCAGAAUUGUGAAAGAUAGAAUUUAGUCUCUUGUUAGGCAGUCAUUGGUUUGAGUCCAAGCAGUCCUAGCUGAUAUAGAAUUUUAUUAUAUCCAUUUUGAAGUCACUGGUGAUCCCUGCAAUCUGAUUGGCUCUCAGGAGUGUGAUUUAUUCACGAGUCACACUAUUUUUUGCUCUAAAUCAUAUCUGUUCUAAAUCAUGUCAUUCAGGAUCUAAAUCGCAUCAUUUCUGUAUUAAAUCGCACCACUAUCGCUCUACAUUGCAUAAUUUCUGAUCAAUUCUGUUUCGUGUACGUACGAAAUGAAGUGUAUUAAAAAACACUUCAAAGACUCCAAAAGACCCCGCAUGGAUGAGAAUAAACCCUAUUUCCGAAAUUUAGCCAAUUUUUGAAAGGUUAGCAUGAAGUAUGGGCCAACUUCACAAACUUAGUAACGAAACGAUUUCACAUACUGUGCGAGCGUGUGUAUAAAAUGACUCCAAUCUCCUGCGUAAGGGUCACACUGGGUAUUCCAAUAAAAUGGAAAUAAUGGGAAAUAUACUAAACGCACUGUAUUAACGAUGAGAAGUGAGAAAAGGCCUCUCUUCCUCUUUUCCUCCUACCCAUCGUCCCCCGCGCGCUUUUAAGUUUUUCCCUCUCCCCAGCCCCCCAAAGACACAAUAGGGAGUUUAAACAGCGACGUUUUUGAGCGUCGCCCGUCAACCGGAACUGAGCCUUUUUCUCCUUUCAUGUCUUGAUGCUAUCAGAUUUGUAUUGCUAAGUGCCUUUACCCUUAUAAAGACGAUUUGCCCAAAAAUUUGUUCAAAACCACUGCUCAACAGUGAAAAAAAAUUCCACUUCCGGCUGACGUGAGUCGCUCAAAAACGUCGCUGCUUAAACUCCCUAAUGAGGCUGCUCCAGGAGAGAGUGCCCCCCUUUUUGUCUGAAUGGCAAUGAACUAAGGGGAUAAACUACGCAGGCUCAAUUAGCCACUAGUUUUCCCUUUUGUGUGAAAGAUAGUUAUUAGUAAUAAUUUUGACCACCCACUCUUUAUUUAUUUGAAAAUUAUUUAGAUCCAAACAGCUGCUGAAAAUUACUACAGGAUCUCCCGAAACGAUAACCUCGAACUGGAAAUGGGACUUGUCAAUUCCAAAUGUGUUCUGGGCACAUGCCAAGAUGCUUUGA